ACUGGUGUUGUAGGAGAGAAAGAAAGGAAAACACCUUCGAUGGGUCGGAGAAAUUCAUCAUCAACAUCUAAGGCCUCUUCAAUUACAAAGCGGAUAUACAAUGCAAUUCGAGAUAAAUCUUGUCCAAUUUGCCUUCAAAACUUUGAUAAUCUUCAUCAUCAUCAUCAUUAUCACCAAGUAGCAGUUCUUACAUUCUGUAUGCACGCUUAUUGCAUACGUUGUAUUCAUAAAUGGAGUCACCUGAAACGAAAUUGCCCGCUUUGCAACGCUGAAUUCGAUUCAUGGUUUUUCAAUUUUAGGGUUUUUACUGGGAAAUUUGAAGUAUUUCGAUUACCUAAACUUGAUAAUAAGAAAAUGAUUGAUUCUGGAGAUUAUACAAGACAUCAUUUUCUUGAUACAAGGAUGGUUUUGAGCAGGAGACAAAGGGAGUAUAACCGAUCCAGACCAUAUCCAUUGCGCCGAGUUUUUAUGGAAUCAAGACUUGAUUCUCUUAGUGAGAGGCAAAGGAAUCAAGUUGAGAUUGUAACUGAAGGUGUACUUCAAUGGCGAGCUAGUAUUUAUAACAAAGGUGUACGAGCCAUUCCAUUGCCUUCAAGGAGUUGCCAGCAGAAUGUAUUAGGAAAUAAUGGCGUCAAAGAAAUAAAGCGACGCAGAAUAGAACCAUGGAUUAUAAGAGAAUUGCAGGCUGUUCUUGGGGAUUCAGAUCCAUCAGUUAUCGUGCAUCUAGCCACUUCUCUCUAUAUCUCAGGUCUUGAAGAAAAACAGAAGAAUCCUUCCAAUAAUCUCGCAGAUGAAGAAAGUUUUCUUGAACCAUUGAAACCGUUCUUGCGGGAACAUGCCAAAAUGUUCUGGCAUGAACUUAGAUGCUAUGAUGAGAGCUCAUUGACAAUAGAAGUAUACGACUCCGUUGUUGAUUAUAGAAGGUCAACUUAAGUGCAAAACCUUGAGGUCUGUUGUUUAUAUCUUUCACAUCAAUCCUCAUGUUCAGUUCUCGCGAUGAAGUGCUGUAGCCAUUUGAAUGCUUGGGGUGUUCGAGGUUUUCCGUGACCAAGCAAAGUUGAUAUUGUUAGAGUCAUCAAUUCUACCGUCCGUUGGUUGUACCCUGUUCAAGCAUGGCAAAUUUGAGAUAUUACUUUCUGACGAGCAUCUGCUUUGGAUACUCUUGCGAGCGACCUGCAGAAGGUACGUUGUAUUGUGGAGUUAUAAAACUGAAAUGAAUUUCGGAAUUAGAAGAGUUUGGGUGAUAGAUACUGUAUUACAAAGAUGAGUGAAAUUGUACAUAUUCUUCCCUUUUACUAUAACCUUUUUAUUUUCAGAAAAAAAGAUAGAUUGAAAUUUUGAAGCUUUAUGAACCUAAUUUACAGAACCAGGUAGCCUUCUCGUUUAGUGUUUUCUUGUUUUUCAUGCUUUAUAUUCGCACGGAAAUCACCUCCAAUAUGCAUGGGGGGAGAUAUUCUCUAACUUGUAGUUUUAUUUCCCAACGGAUCUCAUUCGUCUCCCAAGAAAACGUGUGUGCAAUGUGUGAAGAACACGAAUUUGAAAACAACACCGAAAGAUUGGAUGCUAUCGUCCUCUCUCACUUCUUCUUCUUCAACAACAAAACCAUCAAAAACAACCCUUUUCUGCUCGGAUCUAUUCCAUUUUGGCUAGAUCUGAGCAGAUUUCUUCACUAUUUCUUGUUUUCUAAGUUAGUUAGCAGUUGUAGCUUAAUUUUUAUUAUGUUUUCUUCUUAUCUACACCAUUAUGGU